AUGACGAAGCGUGUAGGCCAAGGAUGUGUGGCCCUGCUUCUUGUGGGCAUAGCUGUGCGUCUAUGUGCGUCCUGGUACAGUGGUUGGGGCGAAAUGCUUGUGAAUCGCACUGAACUGGCUACCCCGAUGGAUCGUUUGUCUCUGUUGCGUGAACAAUGGCAUUUGUUGUAUGAUUUGGACAUUGAUGCCGCGCAUAUAUGGAGCUCUUUGAAUUAUCACCAUGCACCGCUGCUCUUCUUGAUCCCUCGGUCCUGCAUUGAUGAUCCUAUCCGCUCGGCCUUCUUGUGGGCUGUGAUGGAUGGUGUGACAGGCUUCGCACUGGGACGAAUUGCCAUGGCGCUAUCUCGGCAUGCUACGCAUGCCUACUCCGCGUGGUUUCCACUGGGUGUGAUGGCUUGCUUCUUGUUCAAUCCCUAUGCCAUCAGUGCGUGUGUGGCGAAGACAAUGAGCUCACUGCGUACAUGCCUUACCGUGCUCUCGGUUCUGAAAGCUGUAGAGGCAUCGCCACGUUGGAUGGCAUUUGUGCAUACACUUAACUGCUUGUUAUUUACGACGCCUCUUCUCCUUACCCCUGCUUUGUGGUUGUUGGGAUGUGAUACGUAUGCAGCAUUUGGAGCUUGGCGCUCGACCUUUGGGCUGCGGCAAAGUGAUGCAUGGUGGAACGGCAUGCGCGCCUCUCUUCGCACAUUUGUGUGGACGAGUAUCGCAGGAUUGAUCCUCGCUGCCAUGCUGGCUGGCGACGCUAGUUUGACGUUCGUGCGAAGCGUGUAUGGAAGCCGUGUCAUAGCAGAUGACUUGCUUCCUACGACGGGAUUGACAUGGUACUUUUUCGUGGAGAUGUUCACGCAUUUCCGGCCGUUCUUCCUCGCGGUCGUCAACAUUCACAUGUGGACGUACAUGAUCCCGAUUACCAUGAAGUACCGAUCAGACCCUCUCUUUGCCACGACGUUCCUGGCGGGCAUUGCGAGCUUGUUCUCGAUGUACCCAUCGGUCGGCGAUACAGCCGCGUACUUGGCUCUAUGGAGUUUGCUCUAUCCACGCCUCUCGGACUACCUUCGAUACCCCAUGGUGACAAGCUUGCUGUUCGCCUACACGACACUGCUUUUCCCUGCUUUCCAUUAUCUAUGGCUCUAUGCGGGCUCAGCGAAUGCCAACUUUUACUAUGCCAUCGACCUGUGCAUGGGCCUGGGGCCGUGA